ACCCACAAAAGUUUGAGUCUUUGAGCAGCGAUGCGAUGCGUUGAUGAUACAAUAAUCAUCAUUUUGUUGACUUGAUUAUAAUGAUUUCGGCUGUCCAUUUGCUGGUCGACUAAAUUCAUAAGCCUGCCAAGCAUAAUUCCCUCUCUCGGAGUCUCAGUUUCUAGCGGAGCGUUGAACGCGUUGAAUUGGAAGCUGUCUGCAAGCUGUCAAACGCACUCUACAAAACGCUGCCCGCAUCAGCAGAAGCUGAAGCAGCAGCAGCAACAUCGUCGUGCCCCUGGCCCUAGUUUAUAACUAUGCUGCCUUUGACCUUUCGCUACCUGACCUCAAAAAGCAACAACAACAACAACAAAAAGCGUGUGGCAACAUUGGGCUCAAUAAAACGCUGAUGCGCCGCAUUUGCUUAAUCCGGCGCGUGGUCUUUCCCAAAGUUCUUAAUCCGCUUCGCCGUCUGCGAAAUCCUUUUGUUUUUCUACAUUCUCGCUACUAGAUGCAAUUAUAAAAGGAUUAUGCCAUUUAUGACCUGUCUGACCCAGAGCACAAAACUCACUUGCAACGCUUUCAUUAUGAUGCAGUUUAAUGAAUUACCUGGAAGUUGUUAAGUGCAAAAGGCAAAACUGACACGAAGAAGUUCUAGAAAUUUCAUGCUAAUGAUGUGACACAAACAAGGCCUAAAUAAAUAUUGGAAGAAGCUCUUCAGGUAUGAUCUUACCAUAUUUGGUAAGUCCAAAGUCGAUCGCUGACCUGACUCCGUGUUGACUCAAGUUUGUUCAUGCUUGAGUUUGUUGCAAGUGGCAGAUGGCGUUAUUUGUGUACAUUAUGGCCGGUAAACCGUAGCGAAUCCGCAACCGAAACGAUUAGCAUCCCAAAGUGGAUUAGGCCGGAUUAAGUCGCGAAAUAUUUUGGCACAAACAACAACAGUUCCCUGACCUGCAGCAGGUAACUGUACAGGUAGCCAACUCUCCCCGCCACCCUCGGACCCACAAUGUGUAUUUAAGCCUGUUGCAGAUUGAGUAACGUCAUCAGUUAACCAACUGCAUUCAUAGCAAGCACACACAAAUACUUUCACUCACUCACACCACAACAAAAAAUGGAGAGCGAUAAGAUGAUUAAGCCCACCGUCUCGUAUCAUUUGUUCUUGUACCGUGAGGAGCUGGCUCGACGCAAUGCUCGCCAGCUGCGACUUUCGAGAACCAAGAUCGAUAUCACCGAGGAGCUCAUCUCGAGAACUGUGAAGAACAUCAAAACCUGCAGCAUGGAUGAUCUUAAAGCGGUCAACCGUGAACUCGUGUUCAAGCGGAAGCUGCGCAAUCGAGUGUCCAAGCUGCGCAAGGAAGCCAAGCUGGCCAAACAAUGAACCCAAGGAGAAAGAGAA